AUGGCAACAGUCUUGUCUGACCUAGCCACUACCAUAGGAACCGCCCUAUCCAGCCUCCCGCCCCCAGACCAAAUUCAAGAUGCCGAACGUAUGCAGGUUCUGGGUGCAAUAAGCCGGCUCCAGGAAGCGCUGGAGCCUCCCGCAAUGGCUGUACAGCGAAUGGGUCUUUCGAAGACGAGAGACGAGCAGUACUAUCACAUCUCGGUGAUACGGAUCGCUCAGGGAAUGGGGAUUUUCGACGCAUUUGCCGAAUCGGGAGGUGCUGAGAUGACGGUGCAAGAGCUUUACUCGAAAACCAAGGGGGAUGAGACGCUUCUGAAAAGAAUGCCUUCUGACCCCCCAGAACGCGUCAUGAGGGUUCUCUGCGCGCACCGUGUCUAUGAGGCAACCGCAGCAGGAACAUACCGGCCUUUGCCGCUGGCAAUGGCACUAGCGACUGGCUCUAUGCCGGAAAACUUUAUGAAGCAUAUGCAUACUGCCAUGCAAGUGUCUGCGAAACUAUUUGAGUAUUUCGAGAACAGAGGCUACCGGAGCCCCGAAGACGCCUACGACGGACCAUUCCAGUUCGCGUACGGUACCAGCGAGCACUACUUCGACUGGCUGAAGAAACAUCCUGAGCCACAGCACGCUUUCAACGUGACCAUGACGGCGACCGAGCAAGAUGGUGCUGACUAUUGGUUCGAUGUUUAUCCAGUUAAAGAGACGCUGACCAGUCCUGACCCGGAUCGAGUGUUGGUUGUUGAUAUCGGCGGCGGCGUCGGCCAUACUCUCACAGCCCUCAAGAGGCGGUUUCCCGACCUAUCGGGGAAAUUAAUUCUCGAAGAUCUUCCCCAGGUAAUUGACGACAUCAAGGAGCCACUUUCAGACAACAUUAGCGCGAUAAAGUAUGAUAUGUUUGAGCCGCAGCCCGUCCGUGGUGCCAAGGUGUACUAUAUGCGGCGUGUAUUGCACGACUGGCCAGACAAGCAAGCAUUGAUGGCUCUUUCUCGCAUUCGCGAGGCCAUGGCAGAAGACUCGGUGCUUAUUAUUCACGAUUAUACGUUUCCUGACGGUCACGACGGUCCCGAUGUAUUACCAUUCGCGGCCAUUGUUGACUUUCAAUUGAUGGAGCUUAUGUCUUCUCACGAGCGAACACAGCAACAAUGGGUGGCUCUUCUGGAGAAGGCGGGAUUCAGUGAGGUGAAUAUAUAUAAGGGAAAGUCAAGUGCUCACCCUUCUGCCCUAUUUGAGGCUACUUUGUGA